CUUUUGUUCACCAAAAUUGUUCUUGAGUGCCUCAGCACUAGCUAUGUCAAGUUUCACCGCACUCAAUUUGAGUGAUGAUGAACUAGAUAUUGAGGAACAUACAAGGGAGCUACAGAUUGAAGUUGCCCUAAAUACUCUUAACAAGGCAUUGGAGUUUCAGAAGAAUGGCCUCUUCGACAAGGCACACCAAAAAUAUGAUGAACUAGGACGAAUCGAGAUUCUACAACAACCUAACAUCUCAAACAAUCCAACCAUAAACAGGCUCAAGUAUUUGUACUGCCGUAAUAGAGGCAUGCUCAGAUUGCGCGAGUUGAUUGAUCAACAUAAGUCCAAACAAAAGAGAACAAAACACUCACAAUUGAAAGAUUCGAACAGCUCCACUGCUGCAAAAGUUGAAAAGUCUGAAGAAAAGAGUGAUCAUCCGUUUAGCCUCGGUGAAAAUAAUCUUGGUACAAUCGAGGUUGUGAGUUCAGACAAAGGGACAGAUUAUGACGAUGACGAGCUAGAAAUUAGUAUAUAUGGAGAAAUGAUAGGUUCUAUGAAUGAUCUUUUAAAUGCCACAGUCUUUGGUAUCCCAGACGUUAAAAUCAUAAAGAUACUAUCAUCGCUAUUCAAUCAUUUUGGACAUCCAAGAUUGGCUCGAUUAUGUUAUGAAAUGAAGCUGAAUAUAUCUGAAGAUUAUAAAUCAAAUGACGAUCUGAAAAUAGAUCUGAACAAACCUGAGGAACUGUUGUUCAAUCAAGUCAAUUUGCUUGAAAACUUUCUACAACUCUUGAAUGAUAUUUCAGAUAGCACUUCUUCACUUUAUAAAAGAGUCGAAAGUUGUUUGCACAGCAAAAAAUUCUGGACUCAGAAUAAAUUAGAUGCUGAACAUAAAAAAUACAACUGGAAUGAUAUAUUCACAAUAGAACAGUGGAAUAGAGAACGGUUACGUGAAACUGAUAUAUUAGUAUUGGAUAUUAGCGUUGUGGAUGGUGUAGUUGACCUUAGCUCACUUUUUGAAGAGAUUAUUAACUGUGUACCCAAACCAAAGGGAAAAAGUAAAUUGCAUGAUGGUUAUUACCUAACCAAGUCCAUUUUUGGCAAAGUUGAAUUUGAAUUUGAUAUCGAUGUAUCUCACUCAGAUACACCAUCAUCCCCAACUGAAAUUCAUGAUAAAAGUAUACCAGCAGCUGAUAAUCCAGAAAAUAAUUUUGACGUGGAAAUUACGGAAGAAAAAGAGAAAAUAGAUACAAAGGAUACAGUAGAACUAAAAGCCAAAGAUGUGAUUGCAUCACGAGCUACUAGGAGUACUAGAACAAAGUCUGAUACUGAUUCUGCCAAUGACCAUGCUAAAACAAGACUUAAAGAUUACGACAUUUUUAUUUCUCAAACUUUACCAUCAUUUCUCAGACUUUGCGAUAUUAACAUAGAAUUUCAGCCUUUGUCAAAGUUGGUUAAUGGUGAUUAUUCAGAAACAACAGAGGAAGACAAGAUUGUCUCCCAAUUUUACUCAUGUGUGGCGUCCUGGGAAGAUGAAUACACACAAUGCCUAAACGUAACUGAUGAAAAGAGAAAUAAGUUGCAAGCGAAAUCAGUGUUGACUCCAGCCUCAGAAAGUGAGUCAAUCAGAGAAAUUGUGAACCUCAAGUCGGCAAAAGUUAUAAAUCCUCAUUUAUUCAAAAGGAAAAACAUGAAUAGGUUUUUUCAAUACUUACAAGAAUUGUCAAAGAGAAACCUUCAUUUUAACCAGGUCAGAACAGCUGUUGUAAAGUUUAUGUUCAAUUGCGAUUUAGAGUCUGGUGCAUCUAUUUUAUGUGUGGAACCAAUGAACAAAAAAACACUCCGCAAUUUCAAAAGUAUUGUUGAUUGUGUAAGUAUGUCUUUCUAUAAUGAGUUUGAGCAUUUCACUCUAUACGAACUAAACCAGAGUUCGAAGAAAGAAAACUUAAUUUCUGCUUUUAAUAAUUCGGAAUCUGUUUUCGAGGUUUUAGUUGAUUCAUACGUUGAGUUUGUUCAGGACCAAAAGCUGAAAAGAGCUUCAACGUAUAAAAACACUUUAACAAAUAUCCAAAAUUUCGAGAAUACAAUUGUCAAACGCAUAGAAAAAUGGAAAUGCAUUAUUGAAGACGCAUUCGCAAUUAUGGACUAUCACGACCUUCCUGAGCUAGCUCAUAUAUGGUCUAGGUUUGUCUGGUUCAAGUUAUAUUAUCUACAGAGUCACUCUCAAGUUUUGAAUCCUCAAGAGUUAACAGAUGUUUUAUCCGAGCUAUCAGAUGUAGUAAAAGAAAAACAGAUUUAUUUGCCAUUUGUCAAUUAUGAGCUAAUUCCUGUGUUGAACUACGAAAAUAUCCAGACACAAUCUUCUAAGUUGAAGAUUCUUGAAAUUUUUGACAAGAAUGAAAAAUCCAGUAAGAUUUUAGAGUCAGUUUUAUUAAAGAUACCACUAAACUAUAGCCAUAAUGGCAAUGAAAUACAAAAGAUUCAAACUCAGUUUGAGAAUUUUAUUGAAAGCUCAAAUCUACCGUUGAAGCUUCGUCUUUGGUCUCUUUUACUAAGGUAUUAUAGAUUGAACAAUGACAUUUUCAAAUACAAAAACGCAUUUGAACAUAUCGUUGAUAUCAUGGCAAGUCAACUCAGAACAGAAAAUUUAAACAAAUUAGCCGUUCAUCAAGCUAAGAUACUGAUUUUCAACGUUAUUGGAUUUUUCUCGCAUUUUUCUCAUAAAUUCAUCACUUUCUGCAAUACUACCCACUUCGAAUGCUUUAACAAUGUUGAUCGAGAAAGUUCCCUCAAAAUGGUGAGCUCAGUCUCGCACUUUUUGUACAUGCUAUAUUCCUUUUUAACUUAUCAGAAUGCUGUGCAAAUUGACUCCAGGCCUAGCCUUUCAGUGCGAUCCAGUAGAGCUUUCGAAAUUCUCAAUAAUGGUGUCUCAAGCUGCUUUUUCCUUUUAGCGUUCUAUUAUCCAACUGCAUUGAGCAACCCCAAACCAGAGUUCAUAGGGGACUUUUUGAGCAUAUGCCAUAUAGAGCUAGGAUUAUUACAUAUGUGUUCUGCUGUUGAUGGUGCAUUCUUGAAGUAUCUACAAUACAAGUUAACAGCUCUGAAUUUUGACAUUUCUGCCAAUGAUGUGUUUCAAAUCAUUCAUUGCAGAUUUGGUCUCUCAGUAUCAUUAGAUGGAUUUGAAACAUUUGAUCAUAAAUGUAAGCCUAAGAAAAUGACCAUUGAAGAUACUAUACAGUUGUCGAAAUUUGUCUCAACGUAUUGCUUCAAGGGAAAACAUCCAGUAUUAUCACCUCCCAGAAACGAUAUUAAGAGUAUUAUCGACAAAAUUGUUGACGUUGUUGGAGACCCUGACCUCGCUAACCCAACCGUGGCAAAAAACAGAAGCAUUUUGGACUCGUAUCUCCGUAAAACUAACAUUAAUCUACAGUUUGUUAUCAAUAGCUUUCAAGGGAAAUCGGACUUAAAUUUUGAGAAACCAGAUGUACCUGGAAUAGAGGUAUCUGAAAAUGGGCUUUACUACAUUGAAGGUCUUAUCGGGUUACAUUUUUUCAAAGUACGCAGAAGAACAAUGCAAAGUCGAGCAGCAGAGUUAGAUUAUGUAUUGAAGAUGCUUGAAAAUGACAUUCUUUGUGGCUGCAAUAGGUUUGAAACUUGGGUCGCUUUAGGACAAACCUAUUCAUUUUUGGUGGAAGAUGAUUUGAUAUGGACUGCUGAUAAACUAAACUCUGUGGAAAGAAAACAGUUGACUUCAUUGACUCAGAAAAAGGCUUUACUGUGUUAUUUCAUGGCCAUCUGUGUUCACAUUGGUGCGUCGGAAGAAGAAAAAGCAAGACACAAGCUUGUGGUUCCUAUUUUAUGGGAAGCUUUUGCUAAAGAACUUUAUGGUACGUGGAUGGAACCUAUGAACAAAAAAGCAUUCCAUAUUUAUGUAGAUGAUGAUCAACAUGACUCCAGAGUGGUUUCAAAUGAUUCAUUAUCCAAUAAGAUGGCAAAUUUGAAGCCUCAAACUAAUGAUAUACCAAAUAAUGCAGUAUUUAAGUUACUAGAGCUGGCAUUCAAAUCAGCUGUUACUGAAGAUGAAACAAAUUGGUAUGACGUUAUGUACUUGGCAAAAUCCCAGUGUAAACUGAAUUAUCAAAACAUUGAACCUAAGAUUAUUAUAGAAAAUUUUCUUAAAUCAUGUGAUUUAGCAAUGAGGCAAAGCUCAAAGGACGACCCCAUCAUUGAGCCACACUAUUAUCUUUUUUCUGUGAUUUCAAAAUACUAUCGGUCGUCCAAAAUUUCAAUAGAUGAAGCAAUUGGCUACAUAAACCAAGACCCUCUUUUUGCUGCAAUAUUCCCUUCAGAUUCUUCGCAAGAGACUUUCAAGUCUUUGACUUUAAAAGUUUUGAGCAAAAUAAUCUCCUACGAUAGAAAAAACUGGCAACAUCGGCCCGUAUAUAGAUUGGCACGUUCUUUUUAUGACAUGGAUCAUGAUAUAGAUAGUGCAAAAAAAGAAUUGCUAUCUUUGAUCAACUUGAAACCUAAUAUUAGAUCGUUAAGUACAAUUUGGAAGCCGACAAGUGAAAGGCCGGGAAAACAUUUCAUUUACAACUCAAUCUACACCCAAUUUCUGGUUCAACUUUUAUACGAGAAGGGUGACAUUUACUCAUUGACAAUUUUACUCAAAAAAAUGAGGAGGGCGGGUUCCAUAAUGGUCAACUUGACCAAAACAUUUGAUAACAUGAUGUUAAGAAUAUGUAUUUUGAUAAAGAAGAGUCUCAACUUACUGCCAGGAUUUUUAGAUGACUCAAUUUCCAAGCUAAAAUUUUCAGAUUUUACAAAAUAUUCUGCACUGUUCAUCGAGUAUUUGGAAACUAUAACCAUGGGCCAAUUUGAUGAUGAUACCUCGCUUCAUUUAUUCUUUCUAUCAGAAACGCAGGCAUUUAGGAAAUUAGCAACAGGUUUCGGAGCAACAGGCUUGAUUGAUGAAUGUUACCAUAGUAUCUAUAUCAAACUCUUCAUGCCAUUCUUAUUUGAAAAACUAAUCGCAGAGAAAAAUGGUGGGGUUUUGGAUAAAAAUCUACUCAAUACCGCCAAAGGUUUUGCUGUUGAAAGGCUAGCACGCUCAAAACAAUCAACCCCAGACUUAACUGUCCGAUUCAACCGAACGGCCUCUGAUUUGGAAAGCCUGGACCUGAAAUCAGCUUCAUUAGUGACAAAUACCGAUGAAUCCAGUAUAAAAGCCCCCCAUCCAAUUGGUCUUGAUGAGCAACUCCGUGAAGUGAAAAACAGUUUAGAAGAACCAGUUGAAUGUAGAAUUGAAGAUGGGCUUACGCCACUAUCUGCAUCUGAUUUAUCAAUGAAGGAAAGAUACUCUAUUAUAAACUACUUGUCAUUUGGAAAAUCAUCAAUUACCGGAACGCCAAGUAAAGAGAAGGUUAAAGUAGCCCGUCGUGAUGUUUCGCCCUUUGCAAUGAAAGUGGUAAAUGUCACACAAGCUCUAGUAAGUUCUAUGAAAGAAAAUAGCAAUGAUGGCGAAACCAUAGACUAUAAAAUUUAUGGACCUUUAGAUAAUACUGAAUUUGAAAAAGCUAUUGUUGGUGUUAUGGUUAAAGAGACAAAGGAGAACAAAGAAGAGAGAGAGUUUGAUGAGCUCAUAUCUGCACAUGAUCGAUCAUUCACCGAAGAUGAGCUUAUCGAUUUCAAUCAGAUCCUUGAAAACUUUCAAAUCCAAAAAUUAUCCAACUCACAGACAAAAAUUGAAAGUGAAAACAUUCAGAAAGCUGAAGUGGAAACACAAAAGGCCAAAGAAGCUGAAAUUGAACUCCAACGGCUACGUGCUGAGCUGAACCGGGAUAUUAAUCUGUCAGAGACUAGUGCAGAUGCCAGCCGAAACGCUACACCAGUUCCAGUAGCACUAGGAGUUUUGAAGCAAGACAUCCACAGUUGUGAAAGCUAUAGUUCGUCAGUAGAGUAUAAUCCUUUUGCAUCCCCACUGAAGAACACUGAGGAAAGCACUAAAGAUAUAAUCGAGGACAGUUUACGUGAAAAUAGACAUGUUGUGGAACAUGAGAAGUUAGCAGCAGUUAAGAACUUAACUCAAAGCAUUAGCGCUGUUCAUAGUGAAAGUCCAGCCAAUGAGGAAACACGUCUAACGAACGUCCUAAAAACAGAGCCGCAGUUGCAAAGUGGUGAUAAAACUUCUGAAAAAACGCCAGUGAGGACUACACAAUCAGUCAUAACCAGUUUUUUCAGAAUUUCUCCUAAUAAGAGAUUACUGUCACCAUCAGAUGCUAGCGAUGAAAAUGAAGUCAAAAGGAGGAGAGCAAAAGAGGCUACUCCGGAUCAGCAGCUCGGGGGUGAAAGACCUGAAACACCUGAUCCAGCUGUACAACCAAGUUUUAUUCACUCCCUAGAGAGUGAUAGCGGUUUGGAGCAGACAAAAAGAACCGAGCCUACUAUCUCACCCUCCAAACGCCAUUCAAGACGUGAUCCUGCCCGUUCAGCUUUGAUUGAGCUAGGAAAAAGUGGAGAUGCUAGGGAACAAGUAGACAUAAAGCUACGGAAAGAGCACGCUCUGCUGGAGCAAGCAGAAUCUCUCACUUCAUCCUCCGCUUCUGAUAGCGAACAGAGUGUUAUAGUUAUCGAUUAGUACACCAGUUUCAUAUUUCUUAACGUUUUUAUA